GGGAAAUGCAGUGCCUUUCAAGGUGUACUGCAGUAUUUAGGCCUGCUGGACGGCUUUGGCGAACAGGGCUCGCAUUUCGCCGGUUUUACGCCCACAUAUCCGAGCAUGAUGAGCCUCCAUUGAUUCCAAACAGUGAAAUUCGACUGCGUGAUUACCAGGAGGAAUGCAUUCAGUCUGUGCUCUCGUAUCUAGGAAAAGGCCACAAAAGACUUGGGGUUUCGUUGGCUACUGGAAGCGGAAAAACGGUCAUAUUCACUCAGUUAAUUGACCGAGUCAAACCCCGCAAGCAGGAUGCAAAACAAACUCUUAUUUUAGUCCACCGAAAGGAGCUUGUUGAACAAGCUGCUAGGCACUGCAUGCUGGCGUAUCCAGAGAAAGUGAUUGAUAUUGAGAUGGCAAAUAGUCAUGCGACCGGGACCGCAGAUAUCACGAUUGCUUCUAUCCGUAGCCUUCUCUCCAAAGGGCGCAUAGAGAAGUUUGAUCCUGAUAGAUUUAAACUCGUGUUGGUAGACGAGGCACAUCACAUUGUGGCUCCAACUUAUCUUGAAGUCCUAGAGCACUUUGGCUUGGAUGAACCAAGUGACGACUCUCCAGCUUUAGUUGGGGUUUCGGCGACAUUUUCACGAUUCGACGGCUUGCAAUUGGGUACGGCCAUUGAUCAUAUCGUAUACCACAAAGACUACGUUGACAUGAUCGGAGAAAAAUGGUUGGCCGAUGCUCUUUUCACCACAGUACAGUCACAUGUAGACCUAUCCAAGGUCAAGGAUGCGCAAAACGGCGAUUUUCAGACCAAACAGCUAUCAGCAGCAGUAAACACGGACAAGACAAAUGAGAUAACUGUUAAAGCUUGGUUUUCGCGUGCCGAAGGGAGGAAGUCCACACUUGCUUUUUGCGUUGACAUUGAGCAUGUCAAGUGUUUGACCGAAAAGUUUCGUUCCUACGGGAUCGACGCUCGGUAUAUAACUAGCCAAACUCCAAAGGAUAUCCGCACGCAAGAGCUGGACGCGUUUAGGAACCAUGAAUACCCGGUUUUGCUUAACUGUGGCCUUUUCACCGAAGGUACCGAUAUACCAAACAUUGAUUGUGUGUUACUCGCCAGACCUACAAGAUCCAAGAAUCUGCUUGUGCAAAUGAUAGGUAGAGGGUUACGCUUGCAUCCAGGAAAGCAAGACUGUCACAUCAUUGAUAUGGUUGCUGCAUUGCAAACUGGAAUUGUGACAACUCCAACUCUGUUUGGUCUUCAUCCAGAUGAGGGUCUUGAUAAGGCAUCUGUCGAUGACAUCGAUAGGCUUAGGGAGAAACCCAUAAUACCUCAAUUGAAAGGAUCGAAACCUGAUCCAAAGGGUGAUAUUGUUGUCGACUUCACAGAUUAUGAUUCAGUGCAUGACCUUAUCCAGGACACCUCAGGGGAAAAGCAUAUUCGCUCACUCAGCAAAAAUGCCUGGGUGAAAAUCAGCGAAGAUCGAUACAUACUCACGGCCCCUCCAGGCAGGUUAGUUAUUGCCAGAGAUGACUCAGGACUCUUCUCGGUAUCUCAGGUAAUGGCGCUCCCGCCUAGUGCAAAAUCAAAAAGCCCGUUCGGCCGCCCGAAAGAGGUGGCAUCCUCAUUACCGCUUGCAGAAGCGGUGCAUGCUGCCGAUACUCUCGCUGGUCGUAUCUUCGGUCCAAUAUUUGUGGCUCUAUGGCAACCAUGGCGGAAGAAGCCAGCCAGUCCGGGUCAAAUUGGAUUUUUGAAGAAGGCUCUUGAUUUUGAGGAUGAUCUCCUACCUGAGUAUAUAACGAAGGGUCAAGCUGCAGACAUGAUUACAAAGCUCAAGCAUGGUGCUCGAGGGCACUUCAAAGACCUUCUUUCGAUGAAGCGCCGCAUUGAUCGGGACAAGGCAAAGGAUGCAAGGUUUGAAGAGCUGAAAGGUCGAGAAGAGGUUAAGGUCGGACCAUUGAAUUAAACUUCAGGGUGGCGUUUCUAUUGUGUUUUAUGACACUUUGGAAGAGCCUGUUUGUACUCCGUAUAUUAGGUGCAUAAGGC